GCAAGGUUGCUCAGCCUGCAGCUGUGCUUGAGCUAUAAAAGCCCGUGGACUGCCCCAGUGCAGACACCAGGAGAGCUCCCAUUGUCCAAGGGGUGCUGAGAAGAUGAUGCUCUGGGAGUUCCUGCUGUUGCUGCCCCUGCUUGCAGGAAGCUCAGGUCUGGACUGCAUUGAGAUACCGGGGUCAUUAAAGCAGAUUGAUGUCGGGAUUGGGCAGGUGUUUGGAGUGAACAGCGCGGGCAAUAUUUACACGCUGCAUGGAAACAGCUGGGCCCAGGUGCCAGGCUCCUUGAAACACGUCACGGUUGGUCCUGCCGGAGUCUGGGGUGUGAACAACAACAACAACAUUUAUAAGCUGGUGGGAGGAAGCUGGCAACAGGUCACAGGGCUGCUCAAGCAAAUUGAUGCGGGUGGAGACAUGUUCGUCGCUGGUGUCAACAUGCAUGAUGACAUCUACUGUCUGUCUCGUCCAGCAACGGUCUCUGUGAACAGUAACUCUGCCUUGCCCUGGGUCAAUAUUGCAGGAAAGCUGAAGUACUACAGCUGUGGUAUGGGGGGCUGCUGGGGAGUUAACUCAGCUGACGAUAUCUAUUUCCGGUUUGAUGUCACCCCGGAUCCUUGUGCAGGAUCCAGGUGGGAGCACGUUCCAGGCAAACUGUCCAUGAUUGAGGUCGGGACCGAAGGCUCUGUCUACGGCGUGAACAGUGCAGGACAAGUAUAUCGCAGGGAUGGAAUCACUAAAAGCAACCCCGUCGGCACCACCUGGACCCAGGUGGCCAGCUUCAUCUGCAACUGCAAACAUGUGUCCUAUGACCUGGGCCUGCUGUGGCUUAUCACUGACCAGGGCAAGAUUGUGAAAUGCCGGAUCUAAAUGAGACUCCCCCGACCAUCUCAGCCUCACAGUGAUUAACAGUGUCCAUUUAAACUCUCUCUCUCUCUCAAUCUCCCUCAGUGCUUAAUUUGUACCAGUGUGAGCUGAGCCCUGGCACCU